GAGAGAGAGAGAGAGAGAGAGAGAGAGAGAGAGUGUAAGGAAGGAUCAGUGUUGUUUCCACUGUGGACCAGAGAAGAGACAGGUUCAUCAUCCCGAAACAACCAGCGGCUUGUUUUCAGCUGCUGCAUAACUCACCAUGACUAAAGAGGAGAACCUGGAGGUCCAGGAGAAGGAGAGGCACGACCUGGAGGAGCAGGAGGAGCAGGAGGAGCAGGAGGAGGGCAAGGUCCAGAAAGAGGAGGAGGAGGCCCUGACGGAAGAGGAGGAAGAAGAGGAGGAAUAUGAGCUAGAAGAGGAGAAGGAGGGGGAGGAGAGGGCCGAGGUGGUGGAUGAGGAGGAGCAGGAGGAGGAGGAGGAGGAGCAGGAGGGGAGAGAGGAGCGGGAAGAAGAGGAGGAUCCGCUGGCCGGUCGGGAGUGUGACGUCAAUCCAGAGCCCGAGCCGCUGUCAGUGUCCGAGUAUCAGAGUUCAAUUCAUGAACCACGCCGCCGAGCCAUGGUGCACCCCUCCGCCCAGGCACCGCUCCCCAAAGACUACACCUUUACCUUCUUCGACCCCAAUGACCCGGCCUGUUUGGAGAUCCUCAUGGAUCCCCGGACCACCAUCCCGGAGCUGUUUGCCAUCGUGCGUCAGUGGGUUCCUCAGGUGCAGCACAAGAUCGAUGUCAUUGGCAACGAGAUCCUGAAGCGCGGUUGCCAUGUGAACGACCGCGACGGCUUGACCGACAUGACGCUGCUUCACUACAGCUGCAAGGCCGGAGCGCAUGGAGUCGGUGACCCGGCAGCCGCGCUCCGUCUCAGCAGCCAGCUGAUUGCUCUGGGCGCCGACGUGAGUCUGAGGAGCCGCUGGACCAACAUGAACGCUCUGCACUAUGCCGCUUACUUCGACGUCCCAGAACUGAUCCGGGUCCUUCUCAAGGCCACCAAACCAAGAGUGUUGAACUCCACCUGCAGUGAUUUCCACUAUGGCACAGCCCUCCACAUCGCUGCCUCCAACCUCUGUCUGGGUGCAGUCAAAUGUCUCCUGGAGCACGGAGCCAACCCUGUUGUCCGGAACGAUAAGGGCCAGGUUCCGGGGGAGGUGGUUCCCGACCCGAUGGACAUGACUCUGGAUAAGGCGGAGGCUGCCAUGGCGGCCAAGGAGCUGAUGCAGCUCCUGCUGGAUGCCGUCCCUCUUAGCUGCAACCUUCCCAGAGCCACGCUGCUCAACUACGACAACAUCCCAGGAAACCUGAUGCUGACCUCGCUGGGGCUGAAGCUGGGCGAGCGCGUGAUGCUGGACGACAUGAAGCUCCAGAGAGACCAGAGCAGAGACGACAGCCCGCCUGCAAACCUCAGACAGCCCGGCACUCUGAGGUUUUGUGGCACUACAGAGUUCGCCAGUGGUCAGUGGGUUGGCGUGGAGCUCGACGAGCCGGAGGGAAAGAAUGACGGCAGUGUGGGCGGCGUCCGCUACUUCAUCUGCCCUCCUAAGCUAGGCAUUUUUGCCCCGGUGUCAAAGAUUUCCAAAGCCGUGGAUCAGGCACUGUCAUCUGUCACCUCCACCCCCAGAACCCCCCGUAUGGACCUGGCCUCUCGCCUCACUGGGAAGGCCAAGAAGGAGAAAGGAAAGAAAGAGAAGGAGAGAGGGAAAGCCCAGAAGAAGAAGAAGUCGUCGGUCGUCAUCCAUCCUCUUGAUCCCGAUGGAUUGAACGUGGAAGUUGGAGACCAGGUUCUGGUGGCCGGACAGAAAUACGGCAUCGUCCGCUUCUACGGAAAGACCGACUUCGCCCCAGGUUACUGGUUCGGGGUCGAGCUGGAUCAGGCCACAGGGAAACACGACGGCUCGGUGUUUGGAGUCCGCUACUUCAGCUGCCUGCCCAAAUACGGAGUGUUCGCUCCACCCUCCCGGGUCCAGAGAAUCGGAGGCCCUAAAGAAGGCUCCCAGAAUGACAACACCAUGGUGAAGAAGGUCCACCAAGUCACCAUGUCACAGCCCAAGCGUAACUUCAACACGAUGCGUUCUCCCAAAGACCUGACGUCUGAGAACUCCAUAUCCAGGUUGCUGUUCUGCUGUUGGUUUCCAUGGAUGCUGCGUGCUGAGAUGCAGUCCUAACCGCGCCCUCCUUCUUCCUCCUCUGCUUCUCCACUUGACCGAUCUCUCCACUUUCCUCUAUCUCUAUCUCUAUCUUCAUCUUUUCCUUUUUUUUGGCUUUCCUCCCUCUCAUGUAUUUGUAUUCAGACGUUCACUGUCAGUCAGACUUCUCGUGGUGAAACCCCGCCCCUCUUCUCGCUUACUCUCAGCCCAAAUCCCUCCAAUUUAGCAGUUCUAUAGCAAAAUCUAUAGUGCCUUGUAUCUGAUCCAAAUGUUCCUUUCAUGAAACUGAGCUGAAGCAAUCACGUCCCAUCCCUUAGUCGUUCUCAUCCCAUUGCCCCAGCUUUGUCCAAGUUGCCCCAGCUUUGUCAAAGUUACGUCUUUAUUUGAGCCAACAAAAACCACAUGACGUCACUUUGUGCUGCUGCAUGUUUUGCUUUUGCUGCUGCGCCAUUUGGGUCGCACCAAAUGAUGGUGGUUGGCACCAGUUGUAGCUUCACAUUGGGCAUUAAUGCCGCUGCUUUGACCCGUGGUUGUACACUCAAAACAAUGAUCCUAUGAUCGCACAUUAUUCUGAGCUGGAGAACCAACUUGUGAGAGCCACCGGAGGCAUCGCUCUUCGGUGAAAUAGACUGCGUGUGUGUUAUCACCUGCAUGCUUUGAUCUCAGAUGUUAAACUGAAAACAGGGUUAUUCAAUUACUUACUUUUUUGUAUUUUAUCGUAGUGUUACAAUCAUAUUUUUGUAUCUGUAUGCAACAGCCAUUAAUUAACCGUGGUUCUUGCUCUCUAUGAAAUGAUAUUUGCUGCUCUGUAGUUAAUGUGGAUGCCAACAUUUCAUCACAGUAAUUUAGAGUUGAUGUGUGUUUCACAGCAAAUCUGAGCAAACAGCUGGAUUUGACUUUUUGAUUCAUCACUUAGAAAAAGAAAAUAGAUUCAGCUAAUGUAGUCGUUAAUAGAUGAAGUACUGUAGUUCCACAUUAUAGUGACUCAACGCCUUGAACAGCUGUUAUUAAUAAUCAGUGUAUUGCCAUCUACUUAGAGUUCAAAUAUAGUAUAUUAUAGAAUUACUGUCAAUCACACUCUGUCGUGAACCAAAAGUGCUAACAGACCCAAAACGAUGACUUUCUUUGAUGCAACUUAAAAAUCUAAAAAUGGUUUUCUGUUUUCUAUGUUUUUUUGUGUUGAUACCGUCAUGCUUGCGUGAAAGUAAGCUUCAUUUAAAUUUCAGCUCGUCACAGCUCAUCAGACAUUCAUCUCCAUCUUUCCUAACAUAGAGACGUAAAUCCUGGAUAAGGAGUCAAAGGUCUCCUCGAUGCUUUUCUCCCCAACUUCUCUCAUCCCUCUUUGUCCAUUCAAAUAAGACUUUGCUUCCCUUUGUAAAUGUGGGCUUAUGCGAAAAGACAAAACAGGAGUUCAUCUAAACAUGUUGAAAUCUCUCUCCACGUGUGAAUUAUUUAAAACAGCAAUAUAUAAAGCGUGUGGCUUUCUC